GUAAUCUUACCACACAGUUCACAUGACAGUUUACGUAGUUUGUUUAUCGAAGUUUUAACCUUCAAAUCACCUUGAGUUGUAUCUUAGUUUGAAAGUGGUAGGUUUAGUGCUACUUGUUUAGGACUGCGGACGUGGUUAGAUGGGCUUGAUAUGUUCAGCUAUUUAAUUGAGAUCACAGUACUAGUAAAAUUCUUUCAGUAAAAUGGCAACCUUUUCACAAUCAACCAUUGACAAGGGAUCUGACAUAGUCCAAGACUUCUUGUGCUCGACCUGUGAAGACAAGAAAUUGGAUAAUACAGCUGAUUUCUACUGUGAAUGUUGUGUUAAAUUUUUCUGUGGGAAUUGUAUUAACCUGCACAGCCAGUUGUUUACUAAACAUGACACUUUUGGAAGAAAACACAUGAAGAAAUGGCCAGUGACAAAGAAAGUGGAAGAUUUUCUUCUGAAAUGCCAUGUCCAUAGAGAUGAAAACCUGAAAAUGUUUUGCGAUGAACACAGUGAGCUGUGCUGCACAAAUUGUGCAUUCCUUAAUCACAGACACUGUCCAAAGGUAACUCUUAUAUCAGACAUAGUAAAAAUCCAGUCCACAGACCUUAAAAAACUGUCAGUUUCUAUCCAAACAAUUUUAGAAGAAAUGAGGAAACUUCAAGGCAACCAAGAGGCUAACCUUCAGUAUAUGCAAAAUUCAUUUGAUGAGCAGUUACAAAAGAUACAUGAAACUCGGCGAAAAAUAAAUGCAGCAUUAGACACGAUUCAACAGAAGACACUGAAUGAAAUGAAAGAUACACUGACAAAACUGCAAGCCUCUUGCAAAGAUGAUGUUGACAAAUGUAUCAGUCUUCAGGAUGAAUUGAAACAACUUCGAGAUGCCAUUCAGGACAUAAGUGAUAAAAGCAAGCUGGAACUAUCCUUUAUAGCCACCAGGAAAUGCAAGGACAAAAUUAAGCACUGUGAAACCUUUCUAAAUAAGAACUCUCUUGGGAAGAAUGUUUCAGUAACAUUCCAACCUAACCAUGAAAUUAUACAGUACUUGUCCACACUUUCAGGUCUUGGAAAGAUUGAACACAGUACCCAUACAUUGAUGGUACAUGAGAAUCCAAAUAAGGUGUUCACUGUGCAGGGGAAGUCUGUACAUAAUGUAAAAAUAUCAAGAGAUUCAAAGGAAUGCACUAUAUGUGCCAUCUGUGUCCUCCCAGAAGGACAGGUCCUGGUAGCAGACUGUGGUAAUAACACAAUCAAGCUGCUUGACCAGCAGCACCAGGUGGUGAGUCACUGUAGCGUGACAACCUUGCCAAAUGAUAUGUGUCAGAUCACACCCACUGAAGUGGCUGUGACUUUGGCAAGUAAUAAGGUCCAGUUCAUCACAGUCAACAACAGGAAGCUGGUGACAGGAAGGAAGCUUCAGUUACAACAUGCAUGUUUAGGUAAUGCCUGCCACCAGGAAGAGUUGUAUAUUACUGAUGAGACAGCACUCUACAAGUACACGCUGAGUGGGAAACAAGUCAGCAAGAUGUAUGAGGAUAAAUCAGGCUCUUUGACAGUAUUCUCGUGUGGUGUGAGUCCCACAGGGGACAAGGUGUACAUAACAAGCAAAUCCCAUAACAAGGUCCUCACCCUGGCCAGGAAUGGUUCAGUCCUGGCCACCUUCACUGACCCUGCACUACAAUACCCAUGUGCUGUACACAUUACACCAGCAGGCCAGGUGCUGGUAUGUGGACACCGUUCCAGCACUAUCAUACAGGUGGACGAUGAGGGCAGAAAGAAGCUGGCUAUUCUUGCUACAGAGGAGGAUGGAGUGGUGUACCCACAGUCAGUCUGCUACAACAGACACACUGCCUCCAUCCUUGUGGGACUUUUUGAAAACAACAGUAUCCUGGUGUUCAAAGUGCAAUAGCAUAACUCUACAUGUAUCCUGAUUGAUGAUUCAGAUUAUUUAUUGCCAUGGAAUUAUGCUGUGCAUUAAAAUAUGUUUGUGUCAUAAUACUACAACAAUGUUAGUAUUAUUACAGAUGCAUUUUUUUGGAAACAAAUAAUGU